GCGCGGGACGGGACGGGGCAAGCGCGGGCGCCGGGGAGCUGCGGCCCGGAGUCGGGGCGCCUUGCCCCGGGCCCCCCCACCCCACCUCCCAACACACCAGCAUGAAGACCCCGGCGGACACAGGGUUUGCCUUCCCGGAUUGGGCCUACAAGCCGGAGUCAUCCCCCGGCUCCCGGCAGAUCCAGCUGUGGCACUUUAUCCUUGAGCUGCUACGGAAGGAGGAAUACCAGGGCGUCAUCGCCUGGCAGGGGGACUACGGGGAAUUUGUCAUCAAGGACCCAGAUGAGGUCGCCCGCCUCUGGGGGGUCCGCAAGUGCAAGCCCCAGAUGAACUAUGACAAGCUGAGCCGGGCCCUGCGCUAUUAUUACAACAAGCGCAUUCUGCACAAAACCAAGGGGAAACGGUUCACCUACAAGUUCAAUUUCAACAAACUGGUGCUGGUUAAUUACCCUUUCAUUGAUGUGGGGCUGGCUGGGGGUGCGGUGCCGCAGAGUGCCCCUCCCGUGCCAUCCGGCGGCAGCCACUUCCGCUUCCCUCCCUCCACGCCCUCUGAGGUGCUGUCCCCCACUGAAGACCCCCGCUCGCCGCCGGCCUGCUCUUCAUCCUCAUCUUCCCUCUUUUCGGCUGUGGUGGCCCGUCGCCUGGGCCGUGGCUCAGUCAGUGACUGUAGCGAUGGCACAUCAGAGCUGGAAGAGCCACUGGGAGAGGACCCCCGGGCUCGACCCCCCGGCCCCCCAGAGCUGGGUGCCUUCCGAGGGCCCCCACUGGCCCGCCUAUCUCAUGACCCUGGUGUCUUCCGUGUCUAUCCUCGGCCUCGGGGGGGCCCUGAGCCCCUCAGUCCCUUCCCUGUGUCACCUCUUGCUGGGCCUGGCUCCCUACUACCCCCUCAGCUCUCGCCAGCCCUCCCCAUGACACCCACGCACCUGGCCUACACACCCUCACCCACGCUCAGCCCUAUGUACCCCAGUGGUGGCGGGGGCCCCAGUGGCUCAGCCGGAGGCUCCCACUUUUCCUUUAGCCCCGAGGACAUGAAACGGUACCUACAGGCCCAUACCCAAAGCGUCUACAACUACCACCUCAGUCCCCGCGCCUUCCUGCACUACCCUGGGCUGGUGGUACCCCAGCCCCAACGCCCUGACAAGUGUCCGCUGCCACCCCUGGCACCCGAGACCCCACCGGUCCCUUCCUCGUCCUCGUCCUCCUCUUCCUCUUCUUCCUCCCCAUUCAAGUUUAAGCUGCAGCCGCCUCCACUAGGACGCCGCCAGCGGGCAUCAGGGGAGAAGGCGCCGGGAGGCCCCGACAAGAGCAGCGGAGGGGGCCUGGGAGGCAGUGCCACCGGGGGCUUGGCCGAGGGUGCGGGCGCGCUGGCCCCCCCACCGCCGCCACCCCAGAUCAAGGUGGAGCCCAUCUCAGAAGGCGAGUCGGAGGAGGUGGAGGUGACUGACAUCAGCGACGAGGAUGAGGAAGAUGGGGAAGUGUUUAAGACACCCCGUGCCCCACCUGCGCCCCCCAAGCCGGAGCCUGGCGAGGCACCUGGGGCGGCCCAAUGCAUGCCCCUCAAGCUGCGCUUUAAGCGGCGCUGGAGUGAAGACUGUCGUCUGGAGGGGGGCGGGGGUCCUGCUGGGGCCCUUGAGGAUGAGGGUGAAGACAAAAAGGUGCGGGGCGAGGGACCUGGGGAAGCCGGGGGACCUCUCACCCCAAGGAGGGUGAGUUCUGAUCUCCAGCAUGCCACAGCUCAGCUCUCUCUGGAACAUCGAGAUUCCUGAGGGCUGUGGGCAGGGGGCCCAGGUGUCCCCCAUUUCCCAUGCUUCUUUUGCUGCCUUAACCACCCCCCCC